AGACCCUGAAUGUUCCCCUAGCUCCACCUCACAGCAGCUCCCACGCUCUCUGCCCUACAGCAGAGAAACAGUCUGAGCCGCUGAAAAUCAGCUCUUUUCAGCUCAGGUAGUUAGUGAAGGACCACAGAUUGCCUUGGAACAGAUUCUAGUGUGUCAACAUGGCAUGUCUAAAAACUCUGCUGUCUGUGGGAGCAUGUUUGACUGUGUGGAGCAUGACCACAGGGGACACUUCUGUACCCAAAGCACAGAAUGUUCAUUGGACAUCUGUAGAUUUUCAAACUAUUCUCAAAUGGACUGUUGAAGAGUCUGGGAAUACUUUUACCAUCCAGUACUCUGAAAAAAAUAAGGACUGGAUGGAUGUUGCUAACUGCUUCAGAACAACAGAGAUGGAAUGCGAUUUGACUCAAGAGCUUGAAGGAUCGGACAAGAACUAUGAAGCUGAUAUCAGAGCAGACUUUGACAAACUUUCCGAUGAGUUUGGCUUGGACUAUGACUUCCCUCACACCUAUUCCCCAAUAUUUAACCCCUACAGAGAGAGCAAUAUCAGCGCUUUGGAAUUUUCCAUCACGGAUGUUGAUGAGGGCACCGUCAUCCUCAACAUCACACAUCCGCUGACCUCCAUCACUAAGAGAGGGAAGCAGCAGACCAUCAAGGACAUUCUGAAAAAUGAUCUCCAGUAUAAGAUCACCUACUACAAGUCAGGAAGCACAGGAAAGAGACAUAAGAUCGCUAAUUCCAGCUCAGCAGAAGUUUCAGGACUGGACGCUGGACAGACCUACUGCUUCAUGGUGGCAGCUUUUAUUCCCUCCCGACCUAAAGCCAAUCAAUUUGGAGCCUGGAGCACACAGCAGUGCAGACGAGGAGACACACACUUCACCCAAGAUUUAAGCCUUGGAGCCUGGGUUGGCAUCAUCUUCAUCCUGAUCAUCGUUAUCAUUGUCUUCAUCACAGCAACUAUCCUCUGCUGCAGAAGAAAUCAUAAAAGGCUCAAAAAUAUCCAAACAGCUCAGCCAUUAGCUCCUAUCUAAGGUGCACAUUAUUUUCUGUCUGUCCUUUUUCUUACAUUUAUCUGAACACAUUUCAUGCUUUCUGAUAGGACGAUGAAUAGAACUGCAUAAUGAAGAAAAGAAGGUUUUCAGACACAAACUCCAGAAUGAUCCUCCUGCUUUAUUGUUUAUCAACAAUAAAGUUAAAGUACCGUAAAUGAAUGAAUAUUCAAUUCAGAGUCAGAACAUUGCAUUUCCAUUAACAGAAAGUUGCUGGUAUCAUAGACAAGGAAAUGUUAAGUCCUUCACCAGUGCUGUAUAGUAUUUAGGUCAGAUUUCUGUAAAGCAACAAUAAUAAAUCAGAUAAAAGUCUUUGAAAGUCAUUUUAUUUCAGUGUACCAAACAUUAUGAAGAAAAAUGUUUAUCUUGUUUAUAUAGAAUGAACUGAUAUUAUUCACUUCAAUGGUUUAUAAAUUCUAUGUUUUUUAUACAUUGUGUUCCAAUAAAAACAACAAAAAUGA